CAAAAUCAAGUUCAAAAGUGUUGGCGGCUGUAAACAAGACAGAAAAUGUUAUUUUGAUCCGAGUUUUAUAGAAAAGAAAAUGUCAUUCCCAAAAGCAUCAAUCAAACGUUUCAAUGACAACCAAGGUUGUGCUCCCCCACCUGGCACUUAUGACCCAAAACAGUGUGAGAAGGCUGCUGGGUUUGUUGUCGACAAGACAGAGAGAUUUAAAAUUCCAAAAGCGGAGCAAACUUUCAAUGUAAGCUCAUUCACCUCUACAAGCACUCCAAACAAGAAACCUCCACCACCACCAAACAAAAAGCCUCUAACAACAGUGGACCAGAGUCAAGUGAAAGAAUUGGAAAAAGAGAUUCGCAAGCUAGUUAAGGAGCGGACAGAUCGAGAAAAGCUGCUAUCACAAAAGGAGGAAGAGUUGCGGAAACUUGAUGGGCGACUGCAUAAUGCCACAUUGGAAAGGAGCUCCCUCCAGGCCCGCAUUGCUGGAGCUGAGAAGGAACUGAAAGAGGCUAAGAAAUCCAAUGAUCUUCUCAAAAAUAGGGUGUCAACGAGCGAGAAUGUCGGUCGGAAGUAUGAGGAGGUGCAGGCAGAGGUUACCACACUCCGAGCUGCCGUACGAGAGAAGGACGGGGAGAUCACUCGGCUACGGGAACAGCUGGAGGCAACCCUAGCGACACUGGUAGGGGAGGUGGCAUGGUUGGACUCGAGCUUGGGAGGUUUGGAGGGAAUGUUGUCUAAAGAUGGAAAGGGAGAGGACAUGUCCCAAAUGAAAGCUGAUGGUACAGUUUCCUCACCAACGAGGACCAGGAAAACUGCAGAUAUUUUGAAGAGGCUACAGAAUGAAAAGCUUACAACAGAUGAAAAGUUCAAGCUUGUCAAGAAAGCAUACGAGGUUCUCCAUGCCCGGAUGACAAGUGUAUUCCAGCGAUUAGAGAGCCAAACUAGCGAGUUGGUGGGCCAGUAUGAGGGUCUUGUGUCUACAAACAGCCAGCUGAAGGCUGCAGUACAGGACAUACAGGGACAGUUACAUGAGGCACUGCAGGCCAGGACAGAACUGGAGACUCACAGGAAGAACCUUGAAGAGAACACCACCUUUUUACAGACACAAAUUGAAAGUCUCUCAAAUGACAAUAACUUCAUGAAAGACAAUAUAAAGUCACUAACAGUUAAUAUUGAAGAGCUACAAGUUGACAAAUCACAACUACAGCUGCAGUUUGAUGAUUUACAGCAGGUACAUGAAACAGCAGUGAAAGAGAACUGUGAGAAAUUGAGGUUUUUGGAAGACAGGGAAGUUCUUGUAAGUCAAUCCACUUCUGGGCUUCAUGAACGCAUUGUCGAAUUACAAGCGGAAAAUGAAGACCUGGCUGCAACACUUAAGGAAACUGGUGAAUUACUUAGCAGGACUAAGGAAGAAAAUGCCAGGCUUGAAGAAAUGUUCGAACACGCUGAAUGUAAAUGGCAGGGUGAGAAAAAGCAUCUUCUGAUUCAGGUGGAGGAGCUUGUCAUUCAGAAAUCCAUGGUGGAAAGUCAGUUGACUGAUACAGAAGUUAAGGUGAAGUUACUGGAGUGUGACCUUGUAGAUCAGAAGGCUUACACAGAGGAACAGAUACAAAAUUUGCUUGGACAGUUGGAUGGUGAGAAAGCAGAGCUGGUUCAGUUACAGAACAAACUUGGAGAUCUUGUGUAUGAGAAAUCUCAGUUGCAUACAGAGAUAGGGCACCUGGAAGCACAGAUGAAGCUAGUCAAAUGUGAGGUUGAUGAGACAAAAUGUGAAGCAGAUAAGGUUGUGGAUAACUUGAAAGAACGUCUUGAGAAGUUAACCCUUGAAAAAACAAAAUCGGAUGAUAAAACCACGGAGUUGAAAAAUCAGAAUGAAACACUACAGUGCACACUUGAAAAAUUCCAAUCAGACUUUGAUGACUUCUCCGAGAAGUGUUCUUUAGAGAAAAAUGAUGCACAAAGUCGGGUGUCAGACUUGAUCAGCGAGGUGGACGGGUUGAGGGAACAGCGGGACCAGAUGAGUCAUGACCUGGAGGACAUACAGCUUGAGAAGGCAGAAGUUGAUAUGGAGGUGGCCAAGCUGCAGUGUAGGAUCAACGUGCUUGAAAUGGAGAGUAACCAGACUCGUGAGGAGUAUGAGGAACAGUUAGCUCAUAACCAGGAUGAGAUCUCGGCCAUUAGGGGAGAGAAAGAGCAGAUGGAACGUGACAUGGAACGACACGGCAUUGACCUCCUCACCAAUGCCUCUCAGAUCCGUGAACUCCAGGAACAGCUGCAAUUUAAAACCAGUGAGUGUGGUAGGCUAGAAGCUGAGAUUGAGGGCCUCCAAGACCAGCUGAAGGGGAAGGAUGAGGCCCUAACUGGGGUCCAGGCUGACCUUGCUGACCUACAGAAGUCUUAUGACCAGAAAGUGUGUGAGAUUGAGGAGCUGAGCCAGGAGACGGACAGGCUGGCAGACCAGCUACAGACUCAGGGGGAGAAAUAUGAGGACCUUGAGAGUCAAUACCAGCAGGCGAGGGCUGACUUCCUCAAGCGUUGUGAUGAGCGAGAUGAACUAUCAAGAAAGAAUGAGGCCAAGGAUGCCAGCAUACAGAUCAUGUCUACGCAGUUGAUAGAGCUGGAAGAAAAAAUGAAAACUCAGGAUGAAAGGCACAUGCAGGAGCUGAAAGAGCAAGAUGCGGAGCUGACUGCAGCUAAUCAGAAGGUCUCCAACUACAAACAGCAGAUCGUGGACUACAAGGAACACCUACAGACGAAGAGUGAAGAAGUUGAUGAGCUUCAGCUGCGUGUGGAAGAGCUUGAUGCAGAGAUCACAAUGGCAGCCCGCGAGGCUGUGGACUACUGUGAACGCAUUGACAUACUGAAGAGUGAAAAGGAGGUUGUUGAGGUUCAGAAGUCUGCCCUGGUAGAGGAAUAUGAAAAACAGCUGACUGAGCUAAGGGAUCAUGUGACAGGAGCAACAAAUACGCACGAGAUAGAACAGGAACUGGCAAGAUACCGUCAGCUGUAUGAAGAUCUACAGGCCAAGGUUGAACCCUUCAUGGACCAGUUGGAUGCUUUCGAGGCUGAGAAAAACAUGCUGCUUGGUCAAAACAAGGAUGUUCAAGCUGAGAUAGAGAAGCUGGGUCGGAACUACGCCCAACUGCUGGGACAUCAGAACCAGAAACAGAAGAUCAAACACAUUGUCAAGAUCAAGGACGAAAACGGCACUCUCAAAAAGGAGAACUUUUCCCUGAAAGAGCAGGUGGAGAAACAGAAGCGUCACAUUCGGAAGCUGGAGGAGAAGACUGUCCCACGGAGGUUUGCUCCAGAAAAGGCCUUCCAACAUGGGAAGGAGAACAUCACAGGACCAGCACCCACAGGAAAAUCCCCCUUGCGAGAAGUGAACAGAAAAUGAAGCGACAGACUUCAGGGAAAUAACAGCUGACAUGAAGGCUGUCGACGAUGUAAAUAUCUGUAUAAUAGUUUGGUCUUACUUAGUGAUUAGGGAAAUGUUUAAAAAUUACCUUAAAACAUGCAGAUAUGAUACAAAAUGUAUUGAAAAAGAUCUGAAAUUAUUGUAAAAUUUUGCAAGAGGUAUGUUAAAAAUGCUGAAAAAUAUUGAAAACAUUAAGAAAUGCAGAAAAAACACUUGUUAACCAUACCAGGCACAAAGAAUUUGGGUCUCAUACCUGUUGUGUUCAAAAAUAGAUGGUUAGUUAGAACAUUGUGACUUUCAAUGUAUAUACAUAUCAAUCUGUAUCAACAAUGAAAUAAAGAAAUAAUGGUAAGAAAUAAACAAUUCCAUUUAGGCACUUUAAACGCUGUAUCAAAGUAGAGAUGAUUUUAUUAGAACAACUGCAGUUAUUUAUUCUUAUUAUGUUAUAACAUAUCAGUGUAAUUGUGUAGUGUUGGAAGGUUGUAGGGUUCUCAAAAUUGUCACCAUCCUAUCGGUGUGUAUCUAUGUACUUUGUGCUGUUGUCUUUCUUAUGUAAUGUGUGUUUUUGUACACAUUUGUAUUUUAGCAUAGUCAUGUUGGUUUAGGAAUUUUAGAAUGAUGUAUAAAAUUCUUUAUAUGAUGCAUAAUAUGUCUUUUUAUGUUGAACCUUUAACAAACUGUUUUAAUCCACUUUUUUUAAUAACACAAGGACACAUGAUGAUAAUUAUGCAAUAUCUUAUCAAAUUGAUAACUCUUAUAUGUCAAUGUAUGUUAAACUUACUUCCUACUGUUUUGUUUUCAUGCAGUUGUUUUAUCUCUUCUGUAAUGCUAAAUCUGAUCUUGCUGUCUUUAUGUACCAGGGACUUGUCAUUUAUUUGUGAAUUAUGUGAAUACAAACAAUUGUAACAACUUGAAAAUUGGGCAAUAAAUUGUACACAAUUGA